AUGGCUCGCUUGAAGGCAUACAAUGAUGCGUAUACCAAGAGAGGAGAAGAUCUGCUUAGAAACUGCAAGAACAGUCGGGAAAAGCAGUUAGUCCUCAAAGAGUAUGGGGAGAGAUGUGAAAGACAGUGUAAGGAGAAAAUGGGUAAGAUUUUGGCGAACGAAAGGGAGGAUCUCUUGAAACGCAUAGCCGAGGAAAGGAAGACAAGGGAGGGAGGACUUCUUUCCAAAGAGGUGGAGGAUCGAGUGGAACGUCUUAAGGCUUUGGAGAUACGAAAGAGAACUGAAAGAGAGUGGAUUGGAUAA